GGUUAAAAAGUUGGAAAUUUUGAAGUGUUUGAAUUAUAAUUGUUGAAGGAAAUGGAAGCUCAGUUUAUUGAAAGAUACCAUAGUCAUCAGCCUAGUGAAAAUCAGUGUUCAUCAUCUCUUGUUAAACACAUCAAAGCACCAGUUGAUAUUGUUUGGUCACUAGUGAGGAGAUUUGAUCAGCCUCAGAAGUAUAAGCCAUUUAUUAGCAGGUGUACUGUGAAGGGUGAUCUUACAAUUGGUAGUGUUAGAGAGGUGAAUGUCAAGUCUGGUCUUCCAGCCACCACUAGCACUGAAAGAUUGGAACUUCUUGAUGAUGAGGAGCACAUCCUUGGCAUCAGAAUCGUUGGUGGUGAUCACAGGCUAAAGAACUAUUCUUCGGUUAUUACAGUUCAUCCGAAGACACUUGAUGGUAGACCGGGGACACUGGUGAUUGAGUCAUUUGUAGUGGAUGUGCCUGAAGGGAACACUAAAGAGGAGACUUGCUACUUUGUGAGGGCCUUAAUUAAUUGCAAUCUGAAAUCACUAGCUGAUGUAUCUGAGAGAAUGGCUAUGCAGGGAGGUGUUCUACCCGUCAGUGUGAACUGGUCUUCUAGUAACCAGAUCGAGACAUGAAAUCUUUGGGGCUAUGCAUAGAUUUGCAAGAAGCUAGGCUUCAGCCUCUUUGAAAUUUGCUUCUGCUUGUAAUCUGUCUAGACUUUUAUGCAUCAACAGGGCGUGUAUGGUGUAUCCUGU